AUGUCUACUCUCCUGGAAAACAUCACUGCCAUCAUCAAACUAUUUCACGAAUAUUCAAAAACAGAUAAGGAGACUGACACACUGAGUGCAAAAGAGCUGAAGGAACUUCUGGAAGCAGAGUUUCAGCCAAUCCUGAAGAAUCCAGAUGACCCAGAUACUGCUGAUGUUUUCAUGCAUAUCCUUGAUGUAGAUCACAACAAUAAAAUAGACUUUACAGAGUUUUUCCUGAUGGUAUUCAAGUUGGCUCAAGCAUAUUAUUAUACCCAGAGACCGAAUUUCAAGACAUUAGGGAAAAAGCAGGAAAAGUAUAGAUACCAUUAUGAAGAUGAUACAGAAGAAGAGGGGAAUAUGAAGGAAAAGAAGAACGUGGUUACGAAAAUAAAAGUAGAGGAUGUGAAAAAUGGAUAG